AUGACUUCUACAAAACCGAAAGUCGGUUUCGCAGGCCUGGGAGCCAUGGGCGGCGGCAUGGCCAAAAACUUGGUCAAGGAAGGCUUCAGCGUCACCGGUUUUGAUGUCUAUCAACCGCUUGUGGACAGCUUCGUCGAAGCCGGCGGCAAGGGAGCAAAAACGCCUCGAGAGGCAGCAUCAGAGGCUGAAUUCUUCGUGUCAAUGGUCGCCAACAAUACCCAAACCAUAAGCCUGCUAUUCGAGGGCGAGGACUGCCUCAUCAAAGGCCUGGGCAAGAACAAGACUUUUAUUCUCUGCUCGACUACACCGCCAUCCUUCCUCCCGGAGCUUCGAAGACGUCUCGACGACGAAGGCAGACCCGACAUCAAGCUCCUCGACUGUCCAGUCUCGGGCGGCACCAUUCGUGCUGCCAAUGGCACGCUUUCCAUCUUCGAAUCCGGCCCAGUGGAACAUCUCGACGAAGCAAAGGAAGUGCUGCAGUGUAUGUCCGCGAAUCUCUACCGUAUGGGCGCGAUUAGCGACGGCACCAAAACCAAGACUGUUCACCAGCUCCUCGCGGCAACAAACAUCAUCACCGCGUCCGAGGCGAUGGGUCUAGCAGCUACAGUCGGUCUGAAUACCGAUGCUGUGGCCGAACACGUCAACAAGUCCGAUGGAGCCAGCUUCAUGUUCGAGAACCGCGUUCCACACAUGCUCAAAAACGACUGGCAUCCCUACUCCGCCCUAGGCAUAAUCCUCAAAGAUGCCACAAUCGUAACGCACACUGCUCGCUCCUCCCAAUUUCCCACUCCUCUAGCCGACACAGCCGAGCAACUCUAUCUACAAGGUGUGCGAGCAGGUCUCCUCAAAGUCGACGACGCCGCCCUGGUGCAACUCUACCUCCCCGCAACUCAACCCUCCCUCGUCCACGAAAUGACAUCCGCAGACAUCAAUAUGAGCGCCUCCCACAAAGUCAGCAAGGACACUAUCGUCGACUUGCUCACCGGAAUCCACCUCGCCGCGAGCGUGGAGGGCAUGGCGUUCUGCAAGUCGCUCGGUCUUGAUCGGAAGACCUUGUGUGAGAUCAUCUCCAAGGCGGCGGGCUGGAAUGCCAUUUUCGUCAAGUGUAUUCCGGAUAUGUUGGAGAAGGACGAGUGGAGUCUGGCGGAUUGUCCGCAGGCGGAGGAGGUGGGCCGAAAAUUGGGUGAGGCGGUCGAGAAGUGCGGUCGGAUUGGAUUUCCGUGUAUGAUGGGCAGUGCGGCAUUGCAACAAUUCGCUUUUGCUGGCUUGAAGGCAAAGAAGAUUGGUGGACAAGAUCGGAGGUCGCGGGAGGGAGAGUGA